GAAUCUUCUCAAACGGUUAGAAAUCCGUGACUUGCAUGAAAUGAAAUGAGAUUGGGCCAUGACCGAAUUCUUCAAAUUCUACGGCUCAUGUGUGACGUGGUAAAACAUACAAAUCUUGACUGGAAGCAAACUAUCUUCGUGCAAAAGGCAAUCCUCCGAGCUGUAGAAGGAGGAAAAGUGGAGUUUAUUAAGGAGAUGUGUAAGGCGAAUCCAAGAAUCCUACUAACGAAGAUGGAUGAAAGAGGCAGAUCUAUAUUUCUUUAUGCCGUUGAAUGUCGUCAAGAAAAAGUUUUUAAUCUUAUAUAUGGGCUCAGUGAAUAUGAUAGGAAUGCUAUCUUAACGCGUGCAGAUGACUUCAACAAUACCAUCCUACAUGCAGCAGGGAGUUUGUCUGGACAUCUUAAUCAUAUUCAAGGUGCAGCUUUGCAAAUGCAAAGAGAGCUACAAUGGUUCAAGGAGGUGGAGAGUAUUGUACCCCCAUCGUCCUUAGAAAUGAUAAAUGUUACUGAGAAAAUGACAGCACAAGAAGUAUUCACCAAGAACCACAAAGAAUUGGUGAAGGAAGGAGAAGAGUCAAUAAAAGGGAUAGCAACUUCUUGCACAGUCGUAGGUGCCCUCAUUGUUACCAUUAUGUUUGCUGCUGCAUUUACAGUUCCUGGUGGAAGCAAUCAAGAUACAGGGUUCCAAUCAGCUCGUUUGUGUGGAUGCAAUUCCCCCUCUUUCUUGACAUUUUCAUGUUUACCUAUGGAAAAGGAAUAUUUGACAAGAAAUGCAAAGCCGGGGAAUAAAAUCUUGAUUAUGAGGUGUGAUGUUUAUCUUCUGAUGUCAUAUGAUGUUCGUUUUUUACUUUGUCACACUUUUAAUAAGUUUUUAUGAAACGUGCAACGAAAAGACAAUGUACGUGUGUGUUUUUGUAUAUAUCUAUUUAGUUCAA